AUGAUAAAUGAGGUUUGGAGUACAUACUUCCCUUCUUCAGUUGCUUUCUUCGACCCGCCUGGCUCCUCUAACCACUCUCCAUGUGUCAUCAACCUUGGCUUCGAUGUUCCUUCAACAAAGAAGCCUUUCAAAUUCUACCGACACGUAAUGACUCACCCUGAUUACUUAUUACUGCUUGAUGAGGCUUGGUCAAUGCCAGGGCUCUUUGGAACGGCUCAAUUCAUCUUAUCAAAGAAGAUGGUUUCCGCAAAGAAUUGUCUCAAGCUCCUGAACCGAAGACAUUACAGCAACAUUCAACAACGAGUAAAAGCUUCUUUCUCUGCCUUGCAAGCUAUACAAGCGCAACUACUCCUUACCCCCUCUCAACAUCUUACUGAUCAAGAGUCUGAAGCUAGAAGGAUAUAUACAAUUUACUCAAAUGCCGAGGAACAGUUCUUCCACCAAAGGUCUCGCAUCCAAUGGCUCUCCGAAGGUGACUCUAACACUAGUUUUUUCCACAAGUCUAUCUUGGCAAACAGGCUAUGA